UUCUUUUUUCAAAUGAAAUGGAGAAACUGUAAACUGCACUUCCCAAUUUUUCGUCUCUCCCCUCAUGGCUCGCAGAUUCUUCAGCACUUCUCUUUCCCUUUCCCGCUCUUUAACUCGCCACACAAAGUUUCCCAAUCCCAUUCCUUUUCCUAAUUUAAUCAAACCCAUUCAAUCAUUCCAUCUAACCCCACCAUUUUUCUCUUCCGUUUCUCAAAUCGGCGAUGCCCUUUCCCCCACCAUUCAGCCGCCCGACGAAGAUAACCGAUCGGAAUUGCUUCGCUCCCUUGAAGUUUUGCUUGGUUCUUCGUUUCGCUCCGACCGUUUGGUCUACAAUCAAAGCCCUUUAGUUAUUGUGCUCAGUGGCCCACCUGGGGUCGGAAACGAUGCUGUGAUUAAGCGAUUGAGAGAAGUCCGAGAAGGCCUCCAUUUCGCUGUCACAGCGACGACUCGUCCAAUGCGACCUGGUGAAGUCGAUGGAAAAGAUUGUUAUUUCAUCUCCAAAGAAGAGUUUUCUGCUAUGAUGAAGAGGAACGAGCUUCUGGAAUUUUCGUUUAUGUAUGGACAUUACAAGGGGAUUCCCAAAACGCAAAUUCGUGAGUUUAUGGAAAAAGGGUAUGAUAUUGUUUUGAGAGUUGAAAUUUCAAGAGCUAAAAUAUUGAGGAAGAUUCUUCGAAAUUCUGCUGUUUUUGUGUUUUUGAUGGCGGAGAGUGAGGCUAAAUUAGGGGAGAGGUCGAUUGAUAGGAAGACAGGGACUGAAGAAUCAUUGUUGGUGAGACUUCCAUGGGUUAGAGAGAAUGUUAAGAAUUUUGAUUACGUGGUUGUGAAUACAGAUGGGAAGUUGGAGAGUGCAGUUAAGCUUGUGGAAUCCAUUAUUGAUGCUGAGAAGGCAAAGGUCCGGCAGAGAAGGACUGUUGUUUAGAUUCAGACUGUUGUUUAGAUUCAGCUUGUGAGACAUCAUUUUGCAAGAAAGAAACCCUUUUGUUGAUGAAAUGAGGCUAAUACUCAAAAUACAAUAACACAAAAUAGAGCCAAAAUACAGAAACAUAGAAAUUUGGAAUCAUAGCAAGAUAUCUCAACUAGGUUGACACAGCUGCUCAUGGGAGUGAUGAUUGAAAAGAUAGAAGUGAAUUUUGGUGUUAUAUGGACGGAUUAAUGGAGAUUAUGUUGAAGAACUGGGAAAGACCCACAAAAAGAGAUGUGUUGUGAAACCAAAUAGUCUUUUUUAUGUUGUAUGAAAUAUUCUGCACUCAAAUGUGAGAAGAGAUUUUAUUUAUAGGAAAAAUAUACUAGUAGUUGGUUA